UAUCUGGAGCACUCCUCUUGCUUCUCGGACUGUUGGGUCAUAUCUCAUAUGUGAUCCUGAGACUUGUAUAGUUGCAUACUUGCAUUACACAAUCCUACGCUAUUUACCGCCCGUAUUUAUUAAAAAUCACCCGCAUACGUCCAAAUGGUAAUAACUAAUACGUCUAGCAUUUUCAUGUUGAGAAAUUGGGUUUACUCCACACUGAAACCCUUCUCCAGACAACCAACUCUUGGGCAAUAUGCUAAAGCUUAGUUACUACAACAAUGGCGUCAAACCCCUCAAAUUCAUUGAUUCCAUCCAUCAUUUUAUCUUCUAUUCAACCUCUACCUUAACUUCAAUCGAACUAAAUCCGUAUUUCGAAAAUUACUUGGUCGAAAAUCUUGGAUUUUCAAAACAUAUUGCUCGUUCCACUUCCACCAAAUUCAACCAAGUCCUUCGAUCACAAGGAACAAAGCAGGUGAGUAGAUCAAAAUUCGUCGCUAAUGCCGAAUCAGUUCUUGCAUUUCUCAGACAAAAUGGAUUAAACAAUUCCCAUAUUAGAAUUGUCGUUUCUUCUCUCCCCAAUAUUUUGCUUUCUAAAGUUGAAAAAACCCUAAAACCUAAAGUUGAUUAUAUUCUGAAUUUUGGGUUUUCUAAGUCUGAUUUCGCACAAGUUGUAUCGGUUAAUCCUUAUGCAUUGCUCAAUGCUCAGUUUUUUCGCGCGAUUGAAGCUUUGAAAGAUGUUAUGGGAUGUGAUAAUGAUGUAAUUACAAUUAUGAAGAAAUCAAGUUGGAAUACAACUAGUAGUUUAUCUUAUAAUUUGAUACCUAAUGUUGCUUUAUUGCGGGAUUAUGGGAUUUCAAUUGACUUAAUACGUGGUCGUUUGCUUAUGCACCCGCAACCUUUUUUGAGGAAGACUGUGAUUUUUAAGGAUUUGCUGGUUAGAGUUGAGAAGUUGGGUAUUCCUCGUGAUUCGUCGAGGUUCUUGUAUGGCCUUCAUGUGCUAUCUAGCAUUAGUGAGGAGAAUAUUGAAUCAAAGAUUAAAAUGUUUGAGGAUUUUGGGUGGAUGAGGUCUGAUGUUAUAGAUCUUAUUAGGUCGAAUCCGUUUUGCUUGGCGUUGUCGGAAGCAAGGAUUAAGAAGUCAUUGGAGUUUCUGAUGAAUGAUUUGGGUUAUGAGCCUGCUUACAUAGUGUCGCAUAAUGCAAUGUUAAAUUAUAGCUUGGAGAAGAGAAUAGUGCCAAGAAAUAGAGUUUUGUUGGCUUUGAAAGAGAAAGGUUUGAUCAAGAUGGAUCACACUUUAUAUACUACUUUAGUGUUGAGUGAGCUGCGUUUUUUGAAGAAGUAUGUGCUCCCAUUUGAGGAAGUCCAUGAAAUUUACGCUAAACACGCAGGUCGUUCUCCUGUGCAGCCUCUAACUGAAGGAGGAGCGGGGGACAAAGACAGACUCUAGAGAUGUGUUUAGUUACCUAUUGCUGUUAGUUGAUACUUGAUAGAGUUCAAACUGAGGGAGAAUAUGAAAGUAUGGUUCUGUCACUUUGUUAUUUAUACAGAUUGACUGGAAGAUGCUGCCAAAGAUGUCCAAUGCACACAAACAUGGAAGCAACAUCUCCAUAAAGUACCAAGGGAAAAACUCAUAUUAAUUUGUAGGCAUAUGAGAUGAAUCUGAAGCUUACGAAAACAGCAACAAUUCAAUGGGAAAGGCAAAGAAGCCGUGGAGGACAGGUAACUUAACCUACAAUUACUUUUAUGGUGCCGGAAAAGCAACGUAAGGGGGCAACUGCAAUCCUCUUUAGACUUUAUCUCUAUUAGCAUUGUGCUUAGAAGAGGAAUUUGGGAGGGGAAGCGAGGGGAGAGCAAAUGAGCUUUUCUGGAUAUGAGAUGGAUCAAAGGGGAGAAAAUUGGAGGGAGGUAUACAUUCUUCUUGCUACUUUUAUGAACCAUAUCUCUUCAUUGCUGGAAAUUCUGGAAGACAAGUGUUGGUCAUGUUAUUCGUGCUUCUUCCCUUUCCUCCUCCCUUGGUGUCCAAACAGUUUUGUUCAAAAAAUAUUUAGAAUGAGGAUGGCCAGUAGUGCUUACCUUUUAAAGUAUGUGGUUGAGGAAGUACUGGAAGCUAUAGUUUUCCUAAUUAUGUUGCCUAUUUUCCUUCAAAAAGAAUUUACAUUGGCUCUUCCUUUUAUGGACGGGGUCCAUCAAUUACCUU